UCGUGUAACUUGUCGCACGUUUCCCGUCGACGAUCGCCAAUCGGAACUCAGUCAGAUUCGAAGACAAGUCCUGCUCGCGUAGGUCCCUCCGGCUCAUCCGCGUUCGCCACUCGAUCUCGUCGCUCCCGCGGGAACCGGCGGCUGUUAGGAUCAUCUCGCCAGAAUCAACGUCUAUCUUUCGAGUCCUCCGUGACAAUUAAAACUGGAUCGACGACGAUGAAGAUCGCCACCACAUUGUUCCUCUUCGUGGUUGUCGGAUGCACGUGGCGAGAGGCGCUAGGCACGUGUGUGUUUCAGUCGGACUUCGGUUUCAUGCUAAACUGCGCUUUCAAAAAGUCCGGCCUCUUCCGAGUGCGAAACCUCGGAGGUGUAAAGGGCUACGUCGGCCUGGGAUUCUCCGUUGGAGACGAGCUGGGUUUCACCCAAUCACUCUCCAACCUGGAGGCCGCGAAAAGAAGAAGCGUGCAAUCGAACAGAGCUAACGGGCUCGCGUUUAAUCCUUCGAAUACGGUGAGUAGUCGCGAUGACACGCGCACGGCGUCGCUAAAUAAUCGUCCGGUAGUGCCGCCUUUCAAACCCUUACCGGUCAGCGCGACUCGUCCGAUGGCACAGCAACCUGAACGUCAGAAGCUAGUGGUGCAGCAGAACGCAACGACCGUUGCCAAGCAAGCCACAUCAUUGGUGCCGCUGAUACAGCAAGAAAUUCUGCGCCAGCAGCAACAGCGGAUGCACCAAGAGGCCAAGAUGAAGCAGCAACAGAGGAUCCAGCAGGAAGCAUUGGCACUGCAGGUGCUGAAGCAGCAACGACUCCAGCAACAGGAAGCCAUUAGGCAGCAGCACGUGCAGAAGAUGCAGCAACAGCAGAAGCAACAGCAGCUACUCGCACAACAACAGCAAAUCAUGGUGAUGCAAAACAAAAAGGACCAAGUAAUCUCGCAACCGCAAGUAAUAACAGUGGCUGGCACAGUACCGAAAUUACCUAACAUUGUAGCCGCGAUCCCGUCAGAUGGUUUAGUCGAGGUCGACGCCCUCUCGUCGUCGUCACCGUCAAAGACGCCGACUAAUAUGGUCUCGUCGAACGGUGCCUUGCCACCUUUUAUCGCAAUGCCACAGUCAUCGGCGAAGAUCACGAACAGAAUCAGCAGCAGUGGCACUUUGUUGCAAGACUCUGACAACGAAGUAUCAAAAGAUGAUUAUAACCAGUUACCUUUGCCAAGUGACGAAAUGGCUGCUUCAGUGAAUGAAAUGACCUUACUCUCGCUACAGUCUGCAGCUGACAACGGUCAAUCAUUGUCUUUUCAAUUAAAUGACAAACGACAGUCGAUCAAUAUACCAUCCUUGGCUCCUAUCCAUGGCAUGCAAACCUCCUUGAAGGCUCUCGCAGAGGCAAGUAACAUUACUCUAGAGGCUUUGGAGGCGGCGAUUCUUCUGAGACAACAGCAGAUCCUUAAGAAGCAGCAAGAACCGAUGAGCACAAGCACCACGACAACGACUACAAUGGCGCCCCUCAAUAAAAACAGGUAUAACUCCGGAGCUACGAAAGUGAUGAACGCACCACGAGAAUACUAUCCAGUGGGAUACGACAAGAAUUUCGACGACAAUUUCGCAAGCCGCGUCGACCUGCCUGACACGAGUUUCUACUGCGGUGACCAAAAACACUUCCCAGGUCUUUAUGCGGACGAGGACCUCGGAUGUAUGGUAUUCCACGUUUGCGCGCUGACGGAUGACGGCCUAAUCAUGAAGAGUUUCCUGUGUCCCGAAUCGACACUGUUCGAUCAAACGAUCCUGAAGUGCAACUGGUGGUUCUACGUGGACUGCAAAGCCUCGAAGAGCUUGUACGACAGUAAUAUACCCAUCAGCAAGAGCUACCAGCUGAUGAAGGCCUUGGCGUUCUUCUCGGCGUACAAAAAUCACGACAACAGUACAAGUAACGCAGACACAAACGAAGAAGUUAGUUUAUGAAGCGAGCGAAUCAAAUCAAAGAUUUAUUAGAAUCCUACUCAUUAAGCUCAAAUAUUAGGCAUUUGCGGACCAUCUCGUUCCCAAAUGCAACUUCUCAUCUAGUUUAAAAACGCGUUGAAGCUCUUGUCGCGAGUACGACAAGAGGCUGUAUAUAUAUAUAAUUUAUUUUACUCGCAAGCGACAGUGAGUAGACUUUUAAUUUAGAAACACUGUAAAUAGUACGAUUUCUUGGCUCAACUGGUUGUUGAACAAUAACAAGUAACGUUUGCGUAAGAUACUUUCCCCCCGUUGAAAUUAGGGCGAGGUGACGAAGGAGCGGUAGGUAAAUGAACGAAACGGGGAGAUGAAAAAGCGUAACGUUUAUUAAUGCUCAAUAUACGUUUACGGUUAUGUGAGAACAGCGCGGACUUCAAUGUUGCGUCGAAUUGCACGCGCGAUCAGUUUCUCCAUUAAAUUUUCUCUAUUAAAUAUCGAGCGGCCCGGAAGACAUCGACGGGUUUACGGAUUUUGUAUCAAAUUGCGACAUGCAUAUGCCUACAUUUCUACACACGUAGAAUGCGUACGAAAAAAGAGAAAAGAAAGAGAUCCGCUAUGCAUUGGGUUGAUUCAUAAGUUCGUGCGGCUUUUUCAACAAAAUACAUUUUAUUCUUGUUGAAAAUUACUUUAAUCAAAAAUAUAUGCGCCAUUCUGUUCGACAAUCUUUUGUCAUCUUUCACGUAAUUUUAUAAUUCUCUUUUCGUAGAACUCUUUUGUUUCUCCGAAGAAGAAAUAUUCCAAUUGAUCCUUCAUAUUUUUCAAAAAAGUAAAGUUUAUUGUACAACAACUCAGAUAACACAGAGAAUUCAAAAAGAAUUCAGUCGUAUGUCAUCAAUUCUGAGUUCAUCUUUCGAUGCAAAAAGAAUUCUUUUUACUGGACUGAACUCUGAAGAAUUCUUUUUGCAUCUGGAAAUGAACUCAGAGUUGGUGACAUACGACUGAAUUCUUUUUGAAUUCUCUGCGCUAUCUGGGAAGGGAAGGGAAUUCUGUAAUAAGCAAAACAAAUGAUAAUCAGUGGAGGUAAAAUCGAAUAAAUAUGGUGGGUGAAAUAAACCAGUCAAACUCUAAAAAUUUUUAUAGAAAUAAAAAACUUAAUGCAUUGGAAAAUUCAUUACUUCAAGCUUUCAUCUUCAAGCUGCAACAAAGAGACAACUAUACUUCUUUAAACACUAUCAUUUACAUCACAAAAUUUGCUCUGAAACAUUAGCUAUCAAAGCAUGUACAGAGAUGGCGAGAAAAACUGUAUGGAACUGUUUUCAUAAUAUCAACAUGCGAGUGCCAAUUAGACAAAAAUCGGCGCGCACGAAUUUUAUAGAUCAAUCCAAUAUUAAAUUUUAUAGAUCAAUGCAAUAUUAAAUUAUUAAAAAUUGUCUGUAACUGUAAACGGGGAAAAUCGAGUUUUAAUCGGCAAUAUUAAUUGGAAGUACUACGGAAGGCGGGUUGUGUUGCGUUAAAGUCAUAGUGAGCAUGAUCGUCGCUGUAUUUCUACUCCGAAUCGUGCUUGGCGCGGGAGCAGGACAGACAGCAAGACUCCUGAUAAAAUUGGUAAGAGCAGAGCCGAGCUUGUGUGACUAAGUGGCAGUUAGGUAUCUUGUCCUUGCAGAGUGAAUCGUUCUCAACACCUGAAACGUAUUGUGUAAUACAGCGAGUGAACAGACCACUUUUUAUUUUGUCAUAUCAAAGAUCACCUCGCGAAUGUUACUGCAGAACGUUCACGUAACAGAAAUAUAAUAUCCUACUUGUUAAACUA